AUGAGUUCGUCAGGGCAGCCCAACGAGGCAAAGUUUGCCGCUACUACUGGGGGAAAAAACAACCCCAAACAGAUCCACAUAGCGCAUAGAAGAUCUGCUAGCGAGCUAACCAGUCUCAUGAUUGAGCAAUUCACCUUACAAAGGCAAUUGGAGAUUGUGCAGGCGCAGCAGCAACAAUUGCUGGCGCAACAGCAGCAACUCGCACAACACACUGGGCAUUACAUACCAUCCGGCCCAUCUGGUCCGGGGGUUCCUGCUUUCAUACCCCAGCCUCCACAUCCCCACUACAAUAGCUCCUCUCCCUCUAAUGCCCCAUCGAACAGAAGUCGCUCGCAUUCGAGAAACAAUUCCGGGUAUUACAACAACAACAACAAUAACAGUAGCAAUAACUCUGGCGAGUUCUCUGCUGGGCAUCGGAAGACAGCUUCACAAUCUAGUGUCUACGGUCACUCAAGGAGGCACUCUUUGGGUCUUACCGAAGCUAAGAAAGCAGCUGCGGAAGAGCAAGCUAAAAGAGCGACUGGUACAUCAGUUUCAAUCAAAGUUGAAAAUGCCGAAACUUUAGAAUCUACUCCUCCUUCGGCAUCUUCCUCUGAGCAGUCAAACUAUAAAUUUCCUGCUACUCCUUCUGAUUAUUCUAAGGCAGCACAAAAGGGGUCAACCGUUUCCCCUAACAGAUCAUUUCAGUUUCCUCCCAAAUCAAGUAACAAAGAGAAUCAAGAUUCUGACUUUAUACCAGUGGGUACUCCUCAUCGCCGCACAAACUCCAGAAACAAGGAUUUGGGCGGAAUCAAUGCUAAUUGGAGGCUACAACAACAACCUUACCAGGGCCAGAAUGUAAACUCUCAGUCUCCAUUUCAUCACAAGAAGAAUCAGUCAAGAGACUUCUCGAAUUUUGGAACAUUGGAACCGCCACCUGUAUUUCAACCUGGGCACAAAUCUCGUGGCUCUAAUGCCUCCACACACAGUUUUGGAUCUAACAAUGGUGGGAACAACAGCAAUGGCCGCAAGUCUCUAUUUGCCCCUUAUUUGCCUCAGGCUAACAUCCCUGAAUUAAUUCAAGAAGGAAGGCUCGUUUGUGGUAUUCUUAGAGUUAAUAAGAAGAAUCGGUCCGACGCGUGGGUAUCAACAGACGGAGUACUAGAUGCUGAUAUCUAUAUUUGCGGCUCUAAAGAUCGUAACAGAGCUCUGGAAGGUGACUUAGUUGCAGUUGAGCUACUGAUGGUCGACGAUGUUUGGGAUUCUAAAAAGGAGAAAGAAGAAAAAAAGAGAAGAAAAGAUGCCAGCAAUCAACAGGACAUUUCUUUAAACAGCAAUGACGAUUAUCACAACGACGCAUCGUCUCACUUGGCAACAACUUCAACUUCAAACUCUUCGUUUUUGUCGGUGGAAAAAGAGGAUUCUACAAAACCAGCAAAAUCGGGGAGUAUUAAAAGAAAAGGAUCACUCAAACAAAGACCAACACAAAAGAAGAAUGAUGAUGUAGAAGUAGAGGGUCAGUCGCUACUACUUGUCGAAGAGGAAGAAAUUAGUGAUGACUACAAGCCCCUUUACGCAGGUCAUGUCGUCGCUGUUUUAGAUCGUAUCCCAGGACAAUUGUUUAGCGGUACUCUUGGACUUUUAAGACCUUCGCAACAAGCCAAUAGUGAUGCUAACAAACCGCAUAAACCAAAAAUUGUAUGGUUUAAGCCCACAGAUAAGAAGGUUCCAUUAAUUGCGAUUCCCACCGAACAGGCUCCAAAAGAUUUUGUUGAAAAUGCUGACAAAUAUGCGGACAAAUUAUUUGUUGCAUCGAUCAAGCGCUGGCCUAUCACCUCUUUGCAUCCUUUUGGUACUUUGAUUUCCCAACUUGGUACGAUCAACGAUCCUGACACGGAGAUUGAUGCUAUCUUGAGAGACAACAACUUUUUGUCAGACGAAUACUUAGAUCCACAGGAUCGUUCGAAGGAAAGAAGUAGCUUUCAACCUUUGGAGAUUUCUGAACAAGAUUUAGAGUCUAGAAGAGCCUAUGAGAAUGUCACCGCCAUCGCCGAAAACGAUAGUCUUUCAGAUCUAGCAAUACAUGUCAAAGUUUUGGAUAACAACUCAAUCGAAUUUGGUUGCCACAUAGUCGAUGUCACUGCACACAUCGAAGAAGGAUCGUCAUUGGAUAGGCGUGCGAGAAAGAGGUCAUCUAGCGUCUUCAUGCCUCAAAAAAUAGUCAAUCUUCUACCCAAAGCCUUCAACUCAGCUUUAACGUUGGAAACAGGGAAGGUCUCUCCUACCAUUUCUGUUGUUUACCAACUUGACUCGUCGUUCGAAAUCGUCUCAACAUGGAUUGGCGAGGCAACAGCUCUUCCCUCCUCAGUGAAAACAUUUGACGAGAUUAACAACGAAUUUGCUCAAGCCCAACCUUCAUCCUUCGUUUCAACUAUCCAAUCCAUCAGUACAAAGCUUUAUCAAAAGAGAUUGAAUCGUCCGGAUGUUCAACUAAAGCCAAGUUUGGCUUUAUUAGAAAGUUUGGAUGAUGAGAAAGUGAAGGCUGAUUUGAAUAUUUUUAAACAAAGCAUGGCUGCAUCGAUCAUGGCUGAAAUUGAGCGGCAAGUAAACAGUACUGUUGCUGAAACCAUUUAUAAGAAACUGGGCAACUUCGCAUUUUUGAGAAGACAAGCGAGACCUAUUGCCAGCAAGCUAGCCUCAUUCAAGAAGAAAGUUUCGAAAUUUGGAUACGAAGUCGACAUCACGGACGCAGAAUCACUAUUUGCCUCAAUACUCGCAAUUCCAAAUGAAAACAUUAGAGUAGGUGUUGAAAUCUUGCUUUACAAAACUCUGGGCAGAGGCAAAUAUUUCAUCGCGGGAAAAGUGGAUCCUGACCAAUAUGCUCAUUUCACGUUGAACUUUCCAUUGUAUGCACAUUUCACAGCACCACUGAGAAGAUACGCCGACCAUGUUGUCCACAGACAACUAAAGUCCUGUAUUAAUGGAAGUCCUUACAGGGAAGAUGAUGACUCUUUGAAAAUUACCUCUGAGUACUGCAACUUCAAAAAAGACUGUGCGCAUCAUGCUCAAGAACAAGCUAUCCAUUUGUUACUGUGCAAAACGAUCAACGAUAUGGGUAAUGCGACUGGACAAAUACUAACUAUGGCAACUGUUCUUCAAGUGUAUGAAUCUUCAUUUGAUGUCUUUAUUCCGGAGUUUGGUAUCGAGAAAAGAGUUCAUGGUGAUCAGCUUCCGCUCAUCAAGGCAGAAUAUGAUGCAACUAACCGAGUUCUGGAGUUGUACUGGCAAGCCGGCAUUGAUAGUGCCACCUUUGUGCCUGCGGAUGAGAAGAAUCCAAAGUCAUACAGGAAUUCCAUCAGAAACAAAUUUAAGUCAGCAAGUGACGAGAUUGCCAAUAUUCAGUAUAAAAAAAUUCUUGAAAACGAAGACAUGUUGACUGAUGAGCUGUCUUCGCAGCUGGCGGCGUUACGGAUCGAGCCACCAAAGCUGACUCUUUUGCCCGAGGAGAGUUCGGAUCCUUUGGAGAAUUUUAUAUCUUCCACUAUUACAAGGAAAGAGAACGAUCACAACAUUCAAGAAAUACGUGAACUUCACCAAGUUCCCAUUUUGUUAAGAGCAGAAAUUGGUAUGGCACUACCCUGCUUAACUGUCCGUGCUUUAAACCCAUUCAUGAAGAGAGAAUAA